AUGGGAUCUGGGACUGCAAGUUUCCUUAAGGUUCUUCUUAAGAACUUCUAUGCUCUUGCUGGGCCAUUGAGAUCUUGUCUUGACUUGAAUUGGGUUAAUUGUUCUCUGUUGUUGAAUUCUCAAACAAGUUAUGCCUCGGUUAGGGCGAUUGAAUCCGAGUCUCGUGCCGAUGACCGUGAAUGGCUUACAUAUUGGGUUCUGUAUUCCAUGUUGACGUUGCUGGAACUCUCCUUUGCCAGAGUCAUUGAAUGGAUUCCAAUCUGGUCUUUCGCGAAGCUGAUUUUCACCUGUUGGCUGGUCAUCCCGUACUUCAGCGGUGCUUCCUACGUUUACGAGCAUUAUUUGAGACCUUUCUUUAUCAACCCGCAACAGACAAUUAACAUCUGGUAUGUUCCGAGGAAGGACUUCUUCAGUAAACCGGACGAUAUUUCAACUGCUGCGGAGAGGUACAUUGAGGAGAAUGGAACUGAAGCAUUUGAGAAGCUCGUUCAUAGGGCUGACAAGUCGAGGAGUAGUGCCUACCGAUAUUGA